AUGGAGGAAGAUAGAAGACAAACAGACCUGGGCACGGCAGCCGAUAUCGAAGAAGCGCAGCUCGCUCAGGCGAGUCAGGCCCCUGCCAUCCAAAAUGAGCCAGAGACAGCAACGCCACUGAAGCAACCAAAGAAGAGAUUCAUAGGACGAAGAGCAGCAGUUGAGGCCGCAGCAAAGCUCGGAGAAUCAGGAGCAUCAGGGGAGAGUGGUGCUGUUCAGACUGCCAAACCUCGGAGGGCUCCCCGACUUCUAAAUCAAGUUCCCAAGGAAAUUCUUGAGAACGUUGAUCUGAAGGCUGCCGUUGCGUUAUUGCCUGCUAACUACAACUUUGAGAUCCCCAAGACGAUCCACCGCAUCCAGACUUCAAACGCCAAGAGAGUUGCGUUACAGAUGCCCGAGGGCCUUUUACUCUUUGCCACUACUAUAUCAGAUAUCUUGACGCAGUUCUGCCCUGGUGUCGAGACACUCAUUAUGGGCGAUGUGACUUAUGGCGCUUGCUGUAUCGAUGACUACACAGCAAGGGCCCUUGGCUGUGACCUGCUGGUGCACUAUGCCCACAGUUGCCUCAUCCCCGUCGACGUGACCACGAUCAAAACUCUAUACGUCUUUGUAGACAUCAGCAUUGAUGCGACACAUCUCCUAGCAUCCCUUGAGCGCAACUUUGCCAGUGGCAAAACAAUAGCUGUUGUCGGCACUAUCCAGUUCAACGCUACUAUCCAUGGCGUCAAAAGCAGUCUCGAGCGCGGUGGCUUCCGUGUUCUCGUUCCCCAGAUUGCACCAUUGAGUAAAGGUGAAAUUCUGGGCUGCACUUCUCCUCGUCUGAAAGACGACGACAAUAUCGAUCUGAUCCUAUACCUGGGCGAUGGUCGUUUCCACCUUGAGAGUAUCAUGAUUCACAACCCUUCUAUUCCAGCGUACCGAUACGACCCUUACUCUCGAAAGCUCACGCGGGAGGCGUACGGCCAUGAAGAAAUGCAGUCUCUCCGUCGAACAGCCAUCCAUAGCGCUCGUACAGCACGCAAAUGGGGCUUGAUUCUCGGCGCUCUUGGCCGCCAGGGCAACCCGCAUACAUUGGGCCUCAUCGAGAAAGAGCUCAAGGCGCGAGGCAUUCCUAUCGUGCACUUGCUCCUAAGUGAGAUUUUUCCGGGCAAAUUGGCGCUCAUGUCGGAUGUCGAGUGCUGGGUCCAGGUGGCCUGCCCUCGAUUGAGUAUUGAUUGGGGCUAUGCAUUCCCGCGGCCGUUGUUAACGCCAUAUGAAGCACUUGUUGCAUUGGGCGAGCGACAAGAUUGGGGUGAGGGUGUCUAUCCCAUGGACUACUACGGAAAGGACGGGCUGGGAAGGACAAGGCCCUUGCAGAUUGCUUCAGGAUAG